CGGUCACUGGUCAUGUCAUCGUCGCCGACCGUGCCGCAGAUCUAUCGCCGCGUGCUGCAGCUUGCCAAUAAGUUUCCCAGCAUCAAGCAAAAGCAGCUAGUCCAAGACAUCAAGCUCGAGUUCCACGAGAACAAGGCCCUCACAGACCCCGCCAAGAUCAAGGAGAAGAUCAACAUUGCGAUCAAGGGCAUUCAACAGCUCAACCAGUAUGUGGCAUUGGACCCGAACGCGCAGAGUUGGUCUGUGGACAUGGACAAGGACCCGUUUGGCCAGAACCACCCCGAUCGGCCCGCCAGCAUUAACCCAUAAGACACCCACCCACACGUUGUUUGUAGUCGU